AUGAAGCGCUUUGUUAUGCUGCUGAUUUUUCUAGCGGUGGUGAAUUCAUUUCCUUUGAAAAAUGAGGAAAACGCCGCGCUGAAAACGAAGGUAAUGUUCUACCACAAGAGCUUCGUGUGUUUCAGAUGAGCCAUCAUGUUCAUAGCGUUAACGAAAUUUUAUUUUCACAUUUGAAGCAAUUUUCAAUUAAGUGUCAGAAAUAAUGCAGGAGUGUCUUAUUUUAUCUCAACGGGUCAAAAAAAAGGCUAUUGAUUUAUUUUUGGCCUUUUAUUUCAUGAUGUAAACUCAAUCAAUUAAAAAGCAAUUGCAGUUAAAUGGCAACUUGGUCGUCGAAAGUAAUCACGCAUUGCGUCGACUCUGACAAAGGGCUAACACUCGAAACUUCACCUUUAGAAACUUAAGGGAGAUCGAUUUUCCAUAAAACCAAUUAAUCAUGUGAUAUCCCUCGCAGAGUCAUCACUACAUAUUCUUUAGAAACUUACCGUCUUUAUUCAGGGAUUGCAUUAGCUUUGCUUCACUUCUCCUUGUGUGUGGUCUAAGACAUUCACGACAAUCUAUCAACCAAUCAAAUGCAAAACUAAAACCAAUCACGACUUCAUUAUUUCCUGUUUAUUCCCGCAUUAGAUAGUUAAUCUGUUUAUACUUCGAGUUUUCAUCGGCAUCUUCUGAUAUUUCCUUCUUUCUUCCUCCGUUUGGUCUUGGUUUUACCAGACUCAAUCGAAAAACGCGCUCUCUAUCAUGCUUGAUGUCGACUAUUGGCUAUUGUAUUGUGUGAUUUAUUUUUUAUUUCCUUUUUUGUUGUUGUUGUUGUUCCAUGAUACUCAAUCAAAAAGGCUACAAUAUAAGUCGUGAUGGUGUUGAUUGCUUUCAGAUGAUAUCACUAAAUCGUUACAUAUCAAUACUACCAUUAUUGACAGGACCAUUUUUAUUUAAAGGUCUUGGGUCCCCGUGUACUAGAUGCUGGUAAGCGCAGGAUCCUACCGAACAGACCAAUAAUUGGUAAGUGCAUUUCAACUUUUUUACUGCUUUACGGCUUUUUGAAAAGUGUCACGGAGCCAUUUUUUAAAGUCAAAGUUGAACGACGAUACCGCCUCCCCCCCGCUCCACCCCUUCCACACAUAAUCACACACACCCACACUCACAUGUGGUUUUAGCAGUUUUCAAUUCUUCUGGAUUUGUAGAAGAAAAAUUCGAUCUAUGAAUGAUGAACGUAGCUGAGAUAAACCUACUUUCUAAAAGCACUGCGUUGAUGUGAGUUUGACGCAUAGAUAUGAGUGCUCCAAAAAUUGUGCGUAACUCGCGCGGGCCAGAAGAGAAAACUGUUAACCAAUACUGCUACAUCAGUAAUUCUUUGUUGCUAGAGAUCAAUUCAAAUUUUUAAUUUUCAAAAUGAAAAAUAGAGCAAUGACAAUUUCACACGUUAUCAAUUACCUUUGCAGAUACACCUCUUAACCAUCCCGCGCGACAAAGUGGUUGGGGCAGCAAUGUUGGUUGGUCAUCAAUGGAUGUCAGUGUCGGCGGAGGACAAGAAAAUAGUAAACGGGGUUGGGGCAUCAAUGGCAUCGACUACGGAGGUAACCUCGAUUUUGAGCAUAAAAAUGGCAAGUCGAAUUUGGACAUCGAUGGCCAUGUUCAUAAGGAAUGGGGUAAACAUGCUUCUUGUUGUUGUUGUUGUUGUUGUUGUUGUUGUUGUUGACUACGAACAGUCCCUCCUUUUCGGCGAACUUCGUUGAGCGAUUCCAAAAAAUUCAAUGAGACAGGAAAAUGAAGUUAGCGCGCCGCGGGGAGUUUUGGGAGUGUGAUCUCUCACUCUAUAAAACUACCCUCCGCACCCCACCCCCGUUGUUUAUCUAUCCAUCCAUCCAUCCAUCUUUCCAUUUAUAUACUAACCCAUCCUUCCAUUCACGCACCCAUUAGUCUGGUAAUGGCGGGCAAUUUAUAAAAACAAGAAAUCAGAGGUUAAGAUAAGUAGGACCCCUUCUUAUAGCUGGGUGCACUGAUAAUUGGAAACGGAAAUUAUGUGCUUUUUUUCGGCAUUAAUUUUUUAAGCUCUUUAAAGUGAGCUACACUUUUCAGCUCCGAAUCUCUUACGCUGCUGAUUUUUUUUUUCAUAUUUCAGACCCACAAGGGAACUACUUAGUAGUACAUAUGGAUGAAACCCGUGCUAACUUAAUUGUUUCUUUUCCUAACAAAUUUCCGGUUCCAUAUCGAUCUCUUAUCUUGGUAAAUUCGCUCAUAUUUCAGGCCGACGUUAAAGUUCAACGCUCCAAUGAUAUGGG